UUAAGUACAUUAAAACUUCUCCUUACCUUUACUGGUUAAUCUAAGCAUUCGAAAUGGUUGAAGAUUUUUAGCUAGAUUUUAGCUAACCUUAUUAAAUAGAAUUAAAAGCUUUUCAACUCCCAGAAUUAAAGUCUUCACAACUUGAAUUUUCAUCUUCAUUGUAAUGAACCAAAAUUCAGCUUUCCAACAAGAAAAAGAAUGUAAAUAAAGCAAAAGAGAUCAUUAAAAGCUUCAAAUAUGCAACAAUCAACCAAUCAGGCAUCCAGAAGAGUACAUGAAAGUUAUUCAGUCGUAUCACUUUCAAUAAAAAAAUAAACUCAUUUGAAAACAUUUUCAUCUUCAUGUUCUCCAUUCAACUGCAACACAAAAAAAGAAUUCAUGUUAACCAUUUUUUUAAAAAAAUGCGCACAAUAUACGAACAUACCAACUUAAACAACAAUCACACUUAUACAAGUUUUUAUUUUUUUUCCAUUUUUUGAAGACUACGAGUAUAUUUUUAUGAUGGGAACAACAACCAUGGUUUAAAGAGCUAAUUGUAAAAAAUAUAAAAUUUGAACAAUUAUUCAAAGUCAUUCGAGUUUGAAAUGUGCAGUUUUUAAAAUACGAAGAAAAACAACAACAACAACUACUCGAAUAACCCAAAAUGUAAAUCAUUGUUUUUAUAGCAAAAUAAUAAUAAUUAUAAAAAUCAUCAUCAGAAGAAAAGUUUAAAAAUUCGAUAAUACAAAAAAAAGUAAAAGUGAAAAGUAGCAUGAGUGAAGUAAAAUGGGAUUAUUUAAAACAAAACACAUCGUGAUUAUCACCAUUUAUAUAUCUGUAUGGAUUAUUGCUCUUCCAUCGACUUAUGGUGAAAAUGAAAAUACCAACAAGACAUCUCUUGUGUACAGGAACAUCACAAGUCGAGAUAGGUCGGCUGCGAAAUUUUUCUCUGAGAGGCUUAAAGUGUCACAAAUUAGGGAUGAAAAGCAGAACAAAUCGUGGCCAUCAGUGACUCCACAACAAAGCAACCGACGAGCAAUACUUAAUAAUAGAUUAAAAUUAACAGAUGAAUGUGAGCGGAAUUGUAGGCGAAUUGAUAAUGAAGACAAUUGUAAACUAAAAUGUGAUUAUGAAUUUAAGCUAAGCAAUAAUAAUACAACAAAAUUGGAACUUAGUAAACUUAAUAAUAGCGAAACGAGCACAACUGAAUCUAACCUUGUAUCACAAUCGAAAGAUGGCAAAGAUGAGAUAUUGGAAAGUGAAGAGUCAGUUCUCGUAGCUGACUCAAUUAGCAAUAAUGACAGUGGCUAUCGUACCAAAGAGCUCUCUAAGAACAAAAAUGACAAAAUGGAAAAAUAUUUAAAGAAUAUGAUUUUAUUAAAAAGUAGAACGACUACAAAAAUUGCAAAGAGAAAAACAACAAGCACAACAUCGCCAAGAUCUAGACCAACGAUUUAUCGUGGACGAGUAAAAUAUUCUCCAAGUAGUGCUCGAAUUCGUGAGGAAAGUUUAAUUCCAUAUGGCAGCACAAUUCGAUAUUCUAAUUUUAGUAAAAUUUAUACACAAGGCUACACACCGACAUCAUCUAGGACAAAAGAAAAAGAUUUAGAAAUUAUGGAUGUGUCUGAUCCAAGACAGUCAUCUACUGAAAAAAUGAGAUUUCUUAAAUCUCGAAAUAUUGUUGCAAUUAAUAACUACGUUAAGAGGCUUAAUACACGAAUUGCAAGCAUUCCGAAGCUAAUCAAAAAUGCAACAGAAAGUGUUGUUAAUUCCACAAUAGCUAUAACAUCAGGAACUGAAUUAACAUCCACUGAAAUGCCAAUUCUAGAGAAAGUUUAUAAUACAACAGAUAUUCCUGUACCUAACAUAGAUAAUGACUUAUCGACUAUAAGAGAUGACUUCCCACAAUCUACAGUCAUUCCAUUUGGAAUUAAAAGGGAAAUUGCAGAAACUAUUAACGAGUUUUCUACAAAAAUUCCAGACACAACUGUUGAAACAACAACUGUAUCAACCAGUACAUCUUCAUUAUUUACAACAUCAGUUCCAAUAACAACACAAACGACAACAACAACCACUGAAGCAAGAACAACAAAAAGGUUUUACACUUCCAUACCACGACGAAAGCAACUUACAACGUACUCAACAACACCUAAGGCUAUAAUUUCAACAAUUCCAUCCAUACUCAAUAAUACAGUUGUACAAAGUCAAAAUUCUACAUACCUAAAAAUACCAAUGAUAUCGACAACAAAAGCUACAACACCACCUUAUAUAAUAAAUGACCAUAAUGCAAUAACGGAAGUUCCUAUCGAAGUCGAAGUUCUACCAUCAAUGACAUCAGAUGCUUAUACAACAACCUCACACCGACCACAAGUAUUAUAUGAGUCUAUAUCAACGACAAGUGUAAAUGAUAUAGCCCAUGUUGAGGCUCAAAACCUGAACGUCACAGCUUACGCAUUAGGUGGCUUUUGUUUUCUUCCUGUCGUUUUAGUUGCUUUGUAUUUUGUUAAAUCAUACAUGAUGAGGCAUAAAUCAAGUGAAGAUUAUCAUGCAGAUAAUGACAUUCAACCCAUUAGUCCGGUGGUUACCUUAAAUAAUUCCGAUGAUUCCAUCGUUUAUUUCGACGAGAAUGAGGAAUCGCUUGCAACUUUUAAUCGCAAUAAAUUAAGAUUUAAGAGCUUAUUGGGCGAGGGUAAUUUCGGGCAAGUGUGGAAGGCAGAAAUCGAUGAUGUUAAUGGAAGUACGAAAAUUGUUGCCGUCAAGACCGAGCGCAUUAAUAAUGGACAAAGUGGAUUAAAAUCAGAGUGCGAAAUUAUGCAGAAAUUGGGAUCGCAUCUAAAUGUUGUGACUUUGAUUGCGGCAUGUGUGGAACAAGAACCGCAUUUGCUGAUUAUGGAGUUUGCUAUGCGUGGAAGAUUGCUCUCAUUACUGCGAACUGCCCGAAGUGUCUCAAAUGGAUUACAUCAUAAUACACAAAAUCGUCAACCAAUUAUGCCACUUUCACCACGACGACUUACGGGCUUUGCGCACGACAUUGCGAAGGGAAUGGAAUAUAUAGCAAAUAAAAGAAUUGUACAUUGUGACCUAGCUGCGAGAAAUAUCUUGCUUGAUCACAAUGGUAUUUGUAAGAUUUGUGACUUUGGAAUGUCAAUAGACUUAGAUAAGAUGGAAUCAAGAGAUAAAUCAAAUCAAAUGAAAAUUCCACGAGUUUCAACGCAUCAAAAGAAAUUUAAGUUUGACAUGACAUCUCGAGUCUUUGAUGGCAUCAAGAAUUACGCAUCGAGACAAACAAAAAGCAAUUGUGAUAUUAAAAAUCGCCCUGCGAUGCCUGUUCGAUGGAUGGCACCAGAAUCUUUGCAAUAUCAUAUUUACUCAAUUGAAACUGAUGUAUUUGCCUUCGGCAUAUUGUUGUGGGAAAUUGUUACAUUAGGUAUGUGUGGAUGUCAAUUAUUCGUGAUGUAUUGCUAUUUAUUGGCCGAGAAGGCAUAUCCAAUGUGGUUUGGUGAUUUGUCAUCAAUUUUGCUCUAACAUAUGACCUCUUUAUGGAUGUGUACAGCUCUAUCAUGCUAAAAUAUUGAUUUUAUAGCUCUUAUUCCCGGUUGUAAGGAUAGAUCAUCUAUCGACCAUAUGGUUCAUAAAUAUAUUCACUUAAUUUGGACGAUAAACGCCCUUACUUGCCUAUAUAAAAAUCAAUAAUUAAAUAAAUAAUUUAAUAAUUACAGGUAUAACUCCUUAUCCAACAUUAUCAGGAAGAGAAGUCAUAAGAGGCGUAUUGAAUGGUGUACGGCCAGAAAUUCCAAUCAAUUGUAAGCAGGAACUGUCAGACGUAAUGACACAUUGUUGGCACAAAAGUCCAAGUCAUCGUCCUUCAUUCUUUGACAUUAAAAAGGCACUCGCGAAUGCACUUUUACAUUGGCAAGAAGAGCCGUCAUCAACACAUACUGAAUAUUUAGAUGUUAGUGGAUUUAGUGAAGACUAUGAAAAUGGAAUGAUUUAUUUUAAUCGACGAAUUUCCGAAUUUGAAUGUGAAAUUUAAGAGUUUUUUUUUGCUGCUAUUUUCUUAUAAUUAUUAUUUACUUAAUAAGACAUACUUAAAUUUCACUUCUCACCAAAGUUUUUAAUCCUUAUAAUCAGUCUUCAGAUUUCCUGAAGCUCGUUAUGAAAAAAAAAAUUAUUUUUUUAUAUCAUUGUUAAUAAAAAGA